CUUUUAGUUAAUAUUUACAAUUCAAUUAGAUUAACCUCAAAGUUUAUCCGAUCGUGAAAAGUCAGCUGACAUGCUCUGGGUCUGAGACUUCACUGAUAUUAGAAUGUCUGCCCUUUCUUCUGAAGAGCCGGUGAAUGAGGUAAAAACGGAGGGAAACCGCGCGAUCCGCCUCUCAAACGUAAGUGUUGUCAUUUUUUGGUUGCCGCCAAGCCGAUAUUGCACCAAUAUUUGUUGAUCGAUACAAGCUCUCAAGCGGGAAGUACAAAAGGUAAGUUUCCCUGAGCGAUGCUAAAUUCGGCAGCCUCUACAUUAGUGGACUCUGAUCUUGAAAGAACAGGUGAAAGAGAAACAAUUGGUCGAAACAUAACUUCACUGUACGGGAAUGCAGAGAACAAUACAGAAACCCUGAAGGAACAAUUGGAAACUUUCACCAUUAAAAACAAAGAUGUGUUGAGGGAUCACAGAGAUAAAAUGACAAGCCGAACUUCGACCGUAGAAGAAAACGGACAUGUCAAGCAGUCUCGAGAUGUCGGAAAUGUCUCCGAACAAAAGAUAAUGAGUCCAAAAACAGAAAGAGGAAGAAGACUCUUACCAGCAACUCCAAAGUCACUUUAUUCAUCCCAGAGUCCAGUGACUCCGUCGAUUAAUUAUUCAGCUGAAAUUGUGACAUUAAAAUCCAAACGACUGAGUACGUCCUCAUCACGAAGCAGUAAUACUUCUUUAUCUUCGGAAGAUGACUUCGGUAGAUCGAAAAUCAAACAAACCCACAUUGCGCUUUAUAAGUUCGUGGCCCGACACGACGACGAAGUGAGCUUGGAAACUGGAGAUGCGGUUCAUGUGAACAAGAAGGAUGAAGAUCUGUGGUUCGUAGGGAUUAAUUUGCGGACCGGCGAAUCAGGAAUUUUCCCAUCUCGCUACGUCUCUGAUAUUUUGCGAGAAAGCGACGUUCAAGGUUAGAGUGAUAUUCUUGUCAGAAAAAUAGCUCGGGUCUAACAUUCAACUCUAUUUUCUUUGUUUAACUUUGAAAAGAAUGAAACAAUUUCCUUUCAGCUUUUAUGGAUUAGGAAACAAUGGAAAUAACAACAAAUAGCAAAUAAGUGAUAACCAGCUUCCUAAAAUGAAUGAAACAUAAUUAUGUAGGUGGUAACUUCUUUAUUAUUCAAAUUACUGCCAUCAACAUCGGUGUUGUCGUCAUUACAAACAAAUAAAUGGAUUGCACACUAGAGAGCCUUUCUAAAAACAGACGUUGAUUACGUAAUUAAGACAAAGCAUGUUUCAGCAAAGAUAUUUGUUCAAAAAUUACACUUUUGUUGCUGGCCCAAAGCAAGCAAAUUUAUCAUAACUCGAUUUUUCUAAUAAAUCAAACUCUCAAAGUGAUCUCAAUUGAAAUUUUUUUUGGUUAAGAGUCUUCAUUGACUAAUAUUAGUUAACAAUUAUUCAUUUUCACCGACAUUAAGGUGAAUAAUUGUUUUAAUAAUACACCAGAGUAGAGCCAGAAAAAUGGUCGGAAAUGAAGUUCUUGAUGGGCUAUUUUCCUCUGGCAGCUUGGAGAUUCGUAGCACUAACUAAUCACUUGCGAGGCUAAAUUUUGCCACUACUAUGAUCAAGACUAGAAAUAUAAGUCAGCAAAUUUUGAAAAAAAAUAAGUUUACAAAAAUAAUUAUUUAAUUCUACUAAGAGCAUAUAUGAUCUAAACAUAUAUAUUAUAAAUAAAGCAGUCAGCAAGACAUAUUUUCUACUGUUUCAGACAAUUCCAAAAGAGGUACACAAGUGAAUCAGUUCAGUGUCAGGUAUGUACAAUGUAACAUUUGGGUGUAAAAUGGAAAGAAAAAGCAUCUUUAAUUUCAAAUAUAGCAAGUGUACUAUCUCUAUAUUUACAAUAUAGGUUAUCAAAUGAUUCCAAGUUUUAUUUAUAAUUAGUGAGUAUUGUCAGGUAAACUCUUCUAGGAUUAAAAAAAAAUCAGCAAGAGCUCAUUGUGGUCUUUAUAAGUGGAUUUUUGUAAUGUUAAAAAGAUAUUGCUUAAGAAAUUAUUACACAUCAGUAAUGUACAUAUUACUUUGUACUGUUUGGGAUUAGUUGACCAGAUUGAUGUGCUCUCAGUUAAAGAGCGUGUUAACACUUUAGCAGAUGAAAAAUGAAAAAUUUGUCAAGGAGUUGUUUCAUUUAGAAUGAAUUAGAAACCUGAGAACUGAAAAAUGAUUUGUUCUCAGUAAUCAUUUUCUUCUGGGCCACUUAUCAUAAGUUCUUUUUUAAUUGAAUUUGGAAUUGACAUUCCAUUGAAUUGAACUUGAAUAUUUAAUAAACAAAAAUUGAAUUAUCUUUGAUGUGAGAUCAAAUUUCAUGGCUCUGAAAUUUAAUAUAAUUAAAUAAUAAUUUAAUUAAGCAUUGAAUGUUACCUAAUGGUCUAUCACAUACCACCUAUGGUUAGCCAUUUGAUAAUAAUUACUAAAUAAGCAGUACAGAAAAUACUAAUACAAUUAUCAAGUCUGUUAAAUGUAAAAAACCUCAGAGGUAAUCAUUGUAUAAAGAACCUCUGAAGAGCUUUGACCCAAGAUUUUAAUUUUUUAUGGGGUUUUGUUACAUUAUUAAGGUAGACAAUGCUCUUACUCAAUUUAAUUUCAAUUUUCACUUUCCAUGUGCAUGAGCUCAUAGAAAUGUAAAAUAAACAGUGCUGGACAUGAAGAAAAGCCAUUGAAAUCAUUUUGUUACAAUUUUUUUCUUAACUGCAAAAUAUAUUGAGUGAUUAAGUUUAUGAAAUCAAUGUAAACAUCUAUUGAACACUUUUCUGGAAGGAACUUUAAGUUUCUUGUUUUCAUACUCUUAAGAUUUCUUGGAUCAGUUGAAGUGAGUGGCUUCAAGGGAAAUGAUAUCAUAUGUGAUGCUAUGAGAGAGGUAUGCUUGAGUUUUUUGCCAGUGUUAUUACAGUUUGUUUUCUUUCUUUUUUUCAUUUGAAAGGAUUCAUCUCUGUAUCUCAAAAUCUUUAAAAACAUCAGAUCCUUCUGAUACCUUGUAAAAGCAAGUGAUAAAUGAAUACCAGUCCUUUGCUUGUAUGAUCCAUCCUUGCUGAACCUCUUACUUGUUUUUUCUUUUAUUCACCCCCCCUGAAAAGAACUGCCAGGCUGAUUUGAAGACUAUUAACUACUUUCAAGAAUCCUGCUUGCACCCAUUGCAUUCAUAAAUGCAUAAAUUUUACAAUUCAACAGGCCUUUGUAUGGGUUGUGUAACAUGGUGUACCUUUUACUUUGGGAUCCAACAUUAGGGGUCUGCAGAGUCCUAUACAUCAAAACCUUUUUUUUUAUUAUAAUAAUAAUUGUAAUUUUGUAACACCUUUCAGAUUGUAAAACAGCAUCAACUGACAUCAGUCACCAAGCCCCCAGCAUGUUUACUGGAUGUCAGUGAGAGAGGAAUCAGAAUUACUGAACAUCCUCAAGGUCCAUUAGGAAGGAAGGUAAAGUGUAGCCGUUUAUAAAAGGUACUACAAGUGGUAAAUUUGACCAGUUACUACCCAAAAAGGAUAACACUAUGCAUUUGAACUUUAUAGUUCAUUGAAUGUUGGCUAUGACUAGUUGUUUGGUGCACUAUUCAUCACCAUAAGCAUGGGUACAUAACUGCUAUCUCUCUAAGGGGAAUACAGCAUGGUGUACAUAUGAAUGUUGAAUGAGUUGAAAUCUGUUUAAAAGUCUUGAUAUAAUUCUCAGCUUAUCUAGGCCUAAGAGGAAAUGAUAUCUGUGUUUCCAAAUUGAUGUUUGGACCCUCCCUAUCAGGAAUUCCUGGAUCUGCCCCUGUGACUGAAUUUUAACCUGUAAGAUAUAUUUCUUGCAAUUUACACAAUGCUAUAUGUUGUGCUGGUGACAAGGUAGGGAUUCAGUGGUGAUCUCUUUUUUUGCUCUCAUUUCAGGACUCUGCAUCUAAUAAGAAAUCAAGCAGACGUAAACUAGGAAAACUUUUUGACAGGGAUGGAAAGGUUUACAGUUAUUUUCUUACAACACAUCAGGUUUUUGUUAUAGUUCAGUUGCCGGGAGAUACAAUGGCCUAAUAAUCAGUGCACUGGACUCUAGGUUGAGUGUCCAAGGUGUAAGACAUGGCCAGGUCAAUGUGUAGUAUUCUUGUACAAGAUACAAUACUCCAACAGUGCCCCUCUCCAUCCAGGAGUAUAAAUGGGUACUAGCAAAUUGUCAGGGAAGCCUGAUGAAAUGCUGGAGGGUACCCUUAGGGGAGGGGAGUAGUAACACUCCUAGUCAAUUCAUGCUACAUGGAAACUGGGAUAGGCUCUGGCUGGAAAAAAAAGUAAAAAAUAAACAAGGAGGCUGGUGAUAACAUCCCUGUUGCAUUCUGUUAUGCCAAAAUGGUGAAAAUAAAAUCUUUGAAGUUGUUGAAUCAUUCACCGGUUGGAUUCAAUCUGUAUUACCCAAGGGUGGGUGUUUGUUACUGUUACUGUAAUGCUUAUAUACUGUAGAAUGUUCUGGAGUAGCUUAUGCCGCUUUAUUUCACCUUUGCCACCCUCUCCCAAAUGAAGAAAAGAAAUAUUAAACCCAACAGUGUUUGUUUGUUUUUUCGUAGGAAACUUUAACGCAAUCUCACUAUUUUGCAUUAAAGAAUGUAACGUUUUGUGGUUGUCAUCCACAAAAUGCCAGGUACGCUAGAAAAGUCUUUUUUCUCUUCGUAAUUUUAACUACAGAUUUUUUUUAAUUGAAAGUCAAUGCGCACAUUCUAACGACUAGUUUUUCUGUUUUCCAGAUUCUUCGCCUUUAUCACGAAACAUCCUGAAGAUCACCGAUUUGCGUGUCACGUGUUUAUGUCGGAAUACUCGACCGAGCCAGUAGCAAACGCUGUAGGGUAGGGAGUUUCUCAAUGUUUUCUAGAUCUUUUUAUUUUAUUUAUUUCUGUAUGUUAUAUUUUUCUGUUAAUCUUCUUUAAGAGUGGAUCAAGCUACAAUACACACCAAAGAAACUAAACCCUCUUUGGAGGUUCUAUUUCGGAGUCAACCUCCUUAAAUUAUUUUAUAGUUAAUCUCUCGUGUUAAUUGAAGAAUAAACGAAGAAGACUGGAUGGGUAACGUUUUUGUCCACAUAAGCUGCAUUUGCCCUUUUGGGUUGGCUAUCUGUUAGGUGUUCCUCAAAUAUUCAAAAUCCUAAGAUGGAUUACCCCUAAAGUAGAUCUUGGUGUGGAUAAUUCAGUCCCACGGCUUGAUCGUCGUCACUUGUAAUAACUUUGGCCCCCCUUAGCUUGGCUCAACGAUCACUGGUAACAUUUCAGUUUCAUGAUGGCCAAGACAAUGUUGCCGAAUGACAGUGGGCUUUUUGAUGUACUGCGUUUGCUGAAAUGCUUUCUCCUGUUUGGCUGAGUUCAGUCCGGCAUUAUUUGGCUUGAAAUAACGGACAUAGACACUCUUUCUUCCGUUAAAAGUACUAAUCGAGUUUUAUCUGCUCUUGUGAUUACAGGCUUGCCUUCAAGAAGUUUUAUGCUGAAUUUCUCGACUAUCAAGCUCCUAUAGAAGAUUUCUAUAUCGAGUGACGUCGAAAUUUGUCCCUGUUUUUGAUUUGUUGUACCCCAAAACUAUUGUAAUUCAUUGCAAUUUAAAAUAUACUUCCAGAUAAUUUGAUUUUGAAACAUCAACAAGGAAUUAUUUAAUAGAUAGGUUAAACCUAAAUUUGGUGAUAUGAAAGGUAUUCUCCCUUUCGUGUUGCAAGCGGGAACAAUCCGCGUAAAUAUUCAUUCAAUUUUUAAAUGGUGAUAUUAAUAAUAUUGUAAUUUUGAAGAAAAACAGUAUAUACUACAGAUUGGUAGCCAUAAGAAUCCUUGAAAUGUGGUGCAGUGCAGUCCUGAUACAAUACUCACCUUCCAAGUGAGCAUCCUGAACGUGUUUCGUUCCUAGUUCUAUCGCAAGAAUUUCUCUCUUUCAGUUCGGAGCUGAAAUCGUUGGCCAAACUCUUUCCUACUAAGAAUUAGAUACUGAAGGAAACAAUAUACGCGGAGCUUAUUUGGAAACUAAGUUACAAAAUGUAACAUUAGAGAAUGUUGUGUUCAAAGAAUGAGUAGAUAAUAUCGGGUCUGCACUGCGCGCAAAUAUUUUUAAAGAGUAACUAUAAUGCUCUACACCUGUCCAUUUAUUAUGCAUAUUAGAUGAAUUUUGUAACCUACUGAACAAAAAGCUCGAUACCAUUAAGCUUUAGAAGCAACCCUUAAUUUUAGUGCUUAGAUGAUAUAGAGUUAAGUAUAUAGUUUUAAUAUAUAGAUUAAGUUGAGUAAAAAAUUUGUGUUGAAACACAUCCGAAACCGUGCCAUUACGGUCAGUAACGUGGUCAUUACUUUUGACCUAAAAAACCUUAUAAUUCAUAUGCAGACGCAAUAAACUUUGACUGAAAUCUUUACGAGAUUGGAAAAAGAUAAACUUAAUUAAAAGACUGGACCGCCUCUUCAACAAAGGAGUCGGAGAAUAGAUCUGUUAUAUAGUACCUUGCUUGAAAGGAGACCCUUUAAAUUGGCGCCGAGUCAGACCCCUCAAGCCUUCACUAUAUAAGUCAGAAAAAUUUAACCAACACAGAAGAAAUGACCCUUAAUUUGGCCGUUAUUCGAAGUCUCCACUAGCCAGGUAUUGUUAAAAGUAACCAUUUAAAAUGAAUUUCAAACAUAGUCUUUGGCUUGGGUUGACAGUCAUUGAACCCACAUUCUUAUGAGCGUCUGUAAAUGAGUACAUUUUCAAACCAUCGUUUCUAUAUAAUUGGAGUUGUAUUGCCUUAAAUUUCCAAUACUCUCCACUUGAACUAUGAAAGUCGUCGUAGUAGGAAUUCUCUUCCCUUGUGAUAAAUGUUAACUUUUGAUUUCCAAAUUAAAGAAAGCAUCAUUUAUUGCAUGGGGUUUACGUGGCUUCAUUUUAUUUAACACAGGUGAGUGUUGUGGAUGACGAAUAAGGGGAUCUACAAGACUCCAUGUGACCAAAACUCAGAGAUGUGCUGUAUCAAAAGUACCGCAGAUAUGAGUGUUCAACGCUGUUCAAAUUGAUUUGAAACAGUAGAGAAAUCAGUAGAUUAAAGAAAAGAGAAAAACUACUGUAUUCCUUUCAUAACGAGCCUUUUUUGGCCGGCGCCCGUUUCUGUCACAAUUUACUUGUGAAACCAUGUGAGGAAUGCCAAGUUAUCGACUGUUUUGCAGAUUCAAAGAGAUGUAAUAUUUAAAAAAAACGAAAUCACAUUUACACGGUUGAGGUUGAAGACCAAUAAAUGGAACGUC